UGUCCAUGCAGAACCAUCUGUGGCCAUGUGGGUCUGAUUUCCUCUGUCACAGCUUCCUUCCCUGAGGCCUGCAACCACUCCCCAUGGGGAACAGAGAGAGCGGGAACCUCUGCUGAAUCCAGGAGCCUUGGAGCCAGCUUUCACCAGCCAGCAGGAGUGGAUGUGAGCCAUCUGAAUAAGGCCAGUUCUGAAGAUGACUACCUUCCCAUGAGCACAGUUUUCUCAACCCUUCAGGACAUGGAGGGAGUAGGUGGGAAUUCCCAAAAUGUACAUAACCGAAGGAACCCAAGGAAUCUUCAGUUUGGCUCUCAUAACUGCCCACCUGAAGCCCUUUCUUUACACAAAGGCCAGGUCAGAGGAAGUCAUAUCCAGCCACCUGUGGUCAACCGCAGCCUCAAGCCAGGCUGGCAAGCAAAGCCAGCUGACCUGGAUUUGUGUGCCAGCAUCCCCAGCCAGCCUUCCUCUCAGUCACCCAGGGCCACGUGAGCAUCCAUGUUUGGAGGGUUGGUGGAGGAGUGAGAUGGUUGGGCUAUCACUGACCUAAGGUUCCAGAGGUCUGGACAUGAGCCACUGCUGCUGU